CAGUCUGGUGUCGCUGAUGGGCGGGCAGCUGCGAGUGUGCAGCCGGCUGGGUGCGGGCUCCACAUUCACCUUCACCGCUCGCUUCCGCUCCGUGCCCUCCGUGCACCCCUCUGCCGCCCCCCACGGCACUCACUGCCUCCAGCCUUCCUCACUUGCAUGCCCACACACCACUCUUUCCCCCUGCACCACUGCUCCAUUGAUCGGCUUCUCUCCGUCCCCUCCGCUCUCCUCGUCUCCCCCCCACACCUCGCAUCUCCCUUCCACCUCGUCCAUCACGCCUAAGCCCUCUUUCUCACCCAGUCCCGCUGCUGCUGCUGCUGCUGCUGCUGUUGCCGCAGACCAAUCAUGCACAACUUUUCUCUCCACGCCUCACUGUGCCCGCACCUCACACCCAGCCACCACCACCACCUUCUCUCGCCCCACUGCCGCCCCCCUCACUCUCUCUGCCUCGCCUGCUGCACCCCAUGCAGAGCCCCUGCCAUCUCUCUCCACUACGCACUCCUGUGACCCCAAUGGCACUGCCACCAUGCACCCACACCCACACUCGCUGCCGCAGGCCGUGCAACCAGCAGCAGUGCAGGCAGCAGCAUAUUCAGCAGCAUUGGUUGUGCAGGGCUCCGUAUCAGCAGCAGCACUGGGUGCGCGUGCACCGGCACCGCUUGUGCGUGAACCAGGACACAGCAAGCCCCACACGCCGCCCCCUGGAUGCACCCCGGGCUCUGCUGCCCUGUCCCCUGCACCUGCCGCAUCCCCCUCCUCUGCCUGCGCUGCGCCCCUUCCAGGGUCCCAGCAGCGGGCAGGUGGAGGCGCAAGAAGCAGCAAGGACAGCAGUGCGGGGGGUGGCCAGGUGCUGCUGAGGAAGCCAGUGGAGGGGAGGAGUGAGGAGACAGCCGGCGAUGCAGGGGCGCAAGGCAGAGGAGGGAGAGCAGGGACGGGUGGAGGCAGGGCGGCGGAGGGGAGUGGCGGCGUGGAGGUGCUGUCGGGGAUGCGGAUACUGCUGGCGGAGGACAACGUGGUCAACCAGAAGGUGGCGCUGCACCUGCUCAGGCGGGCAGGGGCCGUGGUCACCGUGGUGGGCGAUGGCCGGGCUGCGGUGGACGCCGUGACUGCGUGUCAUGACGCAUUUGAUGUGGUGCUCAUGGAUAUUCAGAUGCCUGUCAUGGAUGGCAUGGAGGCCACUCGCACCAUCCGACAGUGGGAGCAACAGCCCCUGGCGUUGCCAGACACCGCACCUAAUCCACCUUGCCAGGUUCCACAGCUUCGCCAGCCGCAGAACAAGCGCCACAUGGUGAUCGUUGGUCUGACAGCGCAUGCCAUGCAGGGCUACAAGGAGAAGUGCUUCAUUGCUGGCAUGGAUGGAUACGAUACAAAACCAUUCCAAUUACACACACUUGCUUGCACAAUACAAAGUGCCAUAGCGUCCGUAAGACAAUUGGAGUGAUUGAAAGUGCAAAUAGUGGGAGCGUCAGUCAGGCUGUUCUGGGAAGGAGAUUCAUGUGGACGCAUUGGCGUGGCCUUGCAUUGAUGUAUGCUAGUUGCGCAUGCCAUCUUGGCAAGUGCUGGGAGUAGUAGUGAAGUGAAUAAUAUUAUUGUGUGCCCUCACACUUU